AUGAAUGAUCCUAAGUCACUAAAGACUAGUGGAGGUAUAAGGGGAGGAACUUGGGUGAAAAAAGUGAAUAAUCUUGAAGGAACUAGUGAAGAUUGGAAGGUAGUUGGUAAGAAUAAUCAGAGAAAAGUAACUAAUCAGCCUCAGAGACAGACUAGGGAAGGCAUUCAGACUCUCUACCCAAUGGUUAUUGGGAGAAAGAGCGAUGAAGUAGCAAGGAAACAGGUCAUCUGGAAUACCAUGUUCUCACAUGAAAAUAGCUUGGGAAAUGAAACAUUAUGGGAAACUGAAGAGAGUGGAGAGUUCUAUGCAUAUUCUUAG